UCGUGCAGAAGCUAGUCAUCAAUGCACUCCUCGUUGUUGCUUGGUUCACAUUGAGUAUGGCACUUUCGCUCUACAACAAGUGGAUGUUUAGCAAGCAUCCAAACAACAACGGUCGCGACAACCUCAACUUUCCCUUCCCGCUCUUCACAACUUCUGUCCAUAUGGUUGUGCAGUUUCUGGGUAGCUGGAUGGUGUUGCAAUUGCUGCCACGCUUCAAACCGCCAAAGAGCCACAGCUUGACACUCAAAGACUAUGGUACACGUAUCGGACCGUGCGGUGUUGCGACAGGUCUCGACAUUGGCUUUUCCAAUGCUAGUCUGAAGACCAUUACGCUUGCAUUCUAUACCAUGUGCAAGUCUUCAUCACUUGCAUUCGUCUUGCUUUUUGCGUUUCUCUUCAAGCUGGAAAGGCUUCGUGCAAGCCUGGUGCUUGUCAUUGCAAUCAUCACUGCUGGCGUUGUUCUCAUGGUAGCGCACGAGACUCGCUUUGUUCUAGAAGGUUUCUUGCUUGUCAUGACAGCUAGCUGUCUGGGCGGUCUACGCUGGGCUCUGACACAAAUUCUGCUCAAGGAGAACCCAUCUACUGCCAAUCCAUUCUCUUCCAUCUACCAUCUGGCGCCCAUCAUGUUUACGUCGCUUUUCAUGAUUGCAAUGAUCCUAGAAGGACCUGUGGCACUCAUCAAAGCUGAGCUCUGGCAUAGCCGUGGCCUUAUGGCAAUACCGAUUCUACUGUUCCCUAGUAUUCUCGCCUUUCUCAUGACAGCUUCAGAAUUUGGCUUGAUUCAACGAACCAGUGUUGUCACACUCUCUGUUGCUGGUAUCUUGAAAGAAGUCCUGACUAUUGGCGCUUCAGCCGUCAUUUAUGGCGAUGCCCUCACUCUUCUCAACCUUUCUGGUCUGUUUGUUACUAUUCUGGGGAUUGCGCUCUAUAAUGUGUUGCGAUUCAGAAGCAUGCGUAAGAAGGUCAAGCAGGCUGUCUCGGAUGAACAAGAAGGUCGUUUGGCAGAGUCAGUACCAUUGCGUGGUGAUCAGGCAGAAGGUAUUGAGACUGUCUACCCGCAACGUUGAUCUGAUAGCGAUUAAUCCCGCGCUCGGAGGUGCUGUGGGUCCGAGACUGUCCCGAAGAUCGACUACCAUCGCAAUGCACUGCCUCGAGCGAGUGACGAGUACGUGAAGGAUACACGAGACGACGACUACAUACCUGGGCACGCAAGACCAUGCGAUUAUACUGCAUGCUGUCGCAUCCGAGAUGAUCUGCGGUGCGGGCCCCACAAGCGGCUUCGAUUUUUGUCAGACUUCAUCCUGACAGCGUUGUCUCUACAUGCUUCACGAAAGUAGCCGGCUGUAUGGAACGUUAUUGCCUGCAAUAUCUCAGAGAGUCGAGGGUAUCUGCUGCUUGUCUGGCCAUCAG